GUUUCUUGAACAGACGCAACCUGACGAAGCUGUCGUUGAUCUUCAGCCACAUGCUGGCAGAGCUGAAAGCCAUCUUUCCGAACGGACUGUUUCAGGGAGACAACUUCAGGAUUACCAAGGCAGACGCCGCUGAGUUCUGGAGGAAAGCUUUCGGUGACAAAAACGAGGUUGAAGACCCUGAACUGAUGUCCUGCUUCCCUCCCAGGACGAUCGUUCCCUGGAAGAUAUUCCGGCAGGCUCUGCACGAGUUUCACCCAAUCAGCUCCGGUCUGGAGGCUAUGGCACUGAAAUCCACCAUUGACCUCGCGUGCAACGACUAUAUCUCAGUGUUCGAGUUUGACAUCUUCACCAGGCUCUUUCAGCCAUGGUCAUCCUUGCUCCGAAACUGGAACAGCCUGGCAGUCACGCACCCUGGCUACAUGGCCUUUCUCACAUACGAUGAGGUGAAGGCCAGGCUCCAGAAAUUCAUCCAUAAACAUGGCAGUUAUAUAUUCCGGUUGAGCUGCACAAGACUGGGUCAGUGGGCGAUAGGAUAUGUCACGGCUGAUGGAAAUAUUCUCCAGACAAUCCCUCACAACAAACCUCUGUUCCAGGCCCUCAUUGACGGCUUCAGGGAAGGAUUUUAUCUGUUUCCCGAUGGACGCACACAGAACCCCGACCUCACUGGGCUGUGCGAGCCCUCUCCACAGGAUCAUAUCAAAGUCACGCAGGAACAAUACGAGCUGUACUGUGAAAUGGGCUCCACCUUCCAGCUGUGUAAGAUCUGUGCGGAGAAUGAUAAAGAUGUGAAGAUCGAGCCCUGUGGGCACCUCAUGUGCACAUCCUGUCUGACAGCGUGGCAGGAGUCCGAGGGCCAGGGCUGCCCGUUCUGUCGCUGUGAGAUCAAGGGCACGGAGCCCAUCGUGGUGGACCCCUUCGACCCCAAGGAUAACAGCGGGGGCUCCUUCAGCAGGGCGUGGUUCAGCACGGAGGGGGCCCCCUCCCCCAACUAUGACGACGAUGAUGACGACAGGCUGGAGGACCCCCUCUUCAUGAUGAGUAAACUGGCCUGUUCAAAGGAGGAGCGCCCCCCAUCCCCCAUGUCUCUGGCCCCCCAGGCUUCCCUGCCACCUGUCCCUCCUCGACUGGACCUGCUGCAGCACCGGCCUUGCAACCCCCCUGGUGCCUGCAGCCCUGGAGCCACCUCCAAGGCCUCCUCUCAUCACAAGGACAAGCCUUUGCCCCUGCCCCCUGCUCAGCGAGACCUCCCUCCACCCCCUCCCCCAGACCGGCCGCACUCCGCAGGGGGAGAUGGUCGCCUCCAGAGACGCCCCCUGCCCGUUACCCCCGGAGAGCUGCCCCGGGACAAGCUUCUCCCAACCCCCCCAAACCGGGGCGGAGCGGACUGGCAGCCCCGGCCUGUCCCCAAAGCCCCUGUCCCCUCCACUGUCCCUGUCCAGCUUCCCAACCCUGUGGACUGGCCAGGGAGAGAGUUGUCCAACAGGCACUCCCUUCCCCUGGCACUGCCUUCUACCAUGGACGCCCGGCCGGAGACACAGAGGCAGAGCAGCGCGCUAAGUCUGGACAACCAAGUGAACUUCAGCACUGGUGCCUCGGUGAGUCAGGAGUAUGAUAACCCCAAAAUGAAGCCGUCUGUCUCUGCCAAUGCAAUCUAUGCCCUUGCAAGCAGACCGCUGCCUGCUCUGAAAUCCCUGGCAGCUGAAGACGCGUCGGACGAGGAAUCGGAGUACAUGUCUCCUUCUUCACGGCCAGCGUUCCCCCCGCCAAACACAGCCGUGCCUGAGCUCAACCACAGAGUGAGCCAGCCUGCCACUCGCAACUCCAGACUCGCAGUGAGCGAGAUGGAAGUGGAGGGUCCCCAGAUGUACGAAGCCAUGUAUAACAUUCAGGCCCAGGCCUUAUGUCCUAGCACGCAGCAAGCCAGAGACUCUGACUAUACAGAUCUGCCCCCUGCUGUUGCUGCCUCUGCCAAUGGUCUGGGCCCCCUGCAGAUUGACAAUGAUGAUGAGGAGGAGAAGGAGGAAGAGGAGGAGGAGGAGGAGAAUGGGUACGAUUUCCCCAAGCCUCCCCUGCCCUUGGCUCCAGCCAGACGCACACUGUCUGACAUCUCCAGCGCCACCUCAGCCUUCAGCAGACUGUCUAUGGACAGUGAUGCGGCUUCUCCUAGUACCGCUUUUGCAGAUGGCAGUCAAGUACCAGAGAGACCACCCAAGCCUUUACCUCGCCGGAUAAACUCGGAGCGUCGGCCGAGCCUUGUCCCCCAGAACAGUAGCGGAGGUGCGGCGAACCCCCUCGUCUCCAGCGAGAUAGACAACCUAAUGAGCCAGGGCUACUCCUAUCAGGACAUUCAGAAGGCACUGCUGAUUGCGAAAAACAAUAUCGAAAUGGCCAAGAAUAUCCUGAGAGAAUUUGUCUCCAUUCCUUCCACGGCCCACAUCCUCACGUAACCCGGCUUCUCUGAUUCCUCUCCCCGUCUCUUUCUUUCUGUGUCUCUGUCGGUCCCAUACUGCUUGUAAGACUGCCUCUGCAGCAAAGCUGACUCCAGCUUGCCCGCUCAAACCCACAGACCGGGGUACGGUAGCUUAGAGUAGCGGGGUUCUGAAAAUAUAUAGUAUUACACAUCCCCACAUGUUGCCACAACUGUUUAAAUAACGUACCUGUAUUUUUUUUCUUUUCAUUGUCAACAUCCUGACAGCUUUGUACACUUACAACUUAGUCCGUUUCAAAGCUCUUUUCAAAACGUCCACUCUAGUGCACCAAUAGUGUCAGAAUUAUUGCCCACGUUGCCAAACAGGUAACUCGGCAAUAACGAUCCACGACGUGGUACGGAACAGAAAUGCCAGAGCACUUGUUAUGUUCAUUUUGAAUUUUUUAAAAUGUAUCGCUCUUCCUGCAG